ACGAUUGAAACGGUCAACUUGACCGGAAACCAAAUGUGACACACCUUACACCCAUUGUCAUAUCUAUUGCGCAAAAUACCGGGCCACAGACGCUAAUGGCUCAAAUCUAAAGAAGCAUUUGGUCAAACGAUAUUUCCAAGCAGGCAUGCUUGAUUGUGUCUGCAACGCGUGUGAAAGCAAGGAAGAAGACAUGGCUUCAACUUUUGCUGCAGGUAGCAGCAGGCUGAGCCGAGCCGAGCCGAGGCGAGCCGAGCUGAGCGCGCAGCAACGUUGACAAUGACGGCGGCCACACAGCAAGCGAGCGAGGCAUCACGAUCAUCCUCCUCACCCGCUCCAGGAAGAAGGAAAAGGAGGCGGCCAAGCUGCAGGUCCAAGAACUGAGUAUGGAGGUCAGGUACAACCAAGAGACAGAAGCAACGGUGCUGAAGAAGGGACUUAAGGAGGGCAGAGACGGAAAGGACUCACAGGGCAGUUUGUCCGAAAGCUUUCUAAAGGAGCAACAAAGCUCUUUUUCCUCCUCCGGGACGGUGGAAAACUGCGAGAAAAACAGGGGGAGCAACGCAGACCCGGACUACUGUCGGAGAAUACUUGUGCGAGAUGCGAAAGGCUCCAUCCGAGAGAUUAUCCUACCAAAGGGUUUGGAUUUGGACCGGCCCAAAAGAACCCGCACCUCUUUCACUGCAGAGCAGCUCUACAGGUUAGAGAUGGAGUUUCAGAGGUGUCAGUACGUUGUGGGAAGGGAGCGAACCGAAUUGGCCCGCCAGCUCAAUCUGUCCGAAACUCAGGUAAAGGUUUGGUUCCAGAAUCGGCGCACCAAGCAGAAAAAAGACCAGGGGAAAGACUCGGAGCUGCGCUCAGUGGUGUCGGAGACGGCGGCGACCUGCAGUGUCCUGAGAUUGCUGGAGCAGGGUCGGCUUCUCACGCCCUCGAGCCUGCCGGGCAUCUUGCCCCACUGCGGGAGCGGCGCUUUGGGCUCUGCCCUGCGGCCCCCAUCCAUCAGCAUGGGCGGCAAUAGCGGCAGCGGCGGCGGCGACGGGAGCCCGACCCUACCCGCCGUCAGCGGCUCCGGCACGGUGCCCGGGCUGCAGAGCUCGGCGGCGGCGGCUCACGGCUUGUUUAGCUUCCCCGUGCCCUCCUUACUCAGCGGCGUGGCCAGCCGCAUGUCGUCGAACCCGCUGAGCGUGGCCAGUUCAUUGGCCGGCAAUCUGCAAGAACUCUCGGCCCGCUAUUUGAGCUCUUCAGCUUUUGAGCCUUACUCGCGGACCAAUGGCAAAGAAUCCAUGGAGAAGAAGAUUGUGGACUGACGCACUGUUUUCACAUGUAUGCUUUUGGCUUUACCUGUCUUUGUUUUGGUUCCAUCUGUCUACAGUGUUCUGUAAAUGUCUGCUAAUCAUCUCGAUCCAUAUCCUUUGAAAAUGUUUAUGAUGGAGUGAUUUAGAGAGGCCGUUUUCAAAUCUUGACACCUUGACGUAUUCCUUGGAGAAAUUGGAGGAGCGAGCGCACACCGCAUAGGCUUUCAAAAGAUACAAGAGAUGUGUGUCUUGACGGUGUAAUAUUCUUUCAUUGUAUUGCCUAGGUCAAAUGAGACCCACCACGUGCGUGAGUAGUUGUAGAGAAGAGAAAGAAGCCAUUUUUGUCCCUCAAUCCCUCCCAAACCCCCCAGCGGAAGCAAAUCACAGUCAGUCAGUCACAGUCAGUCACAGUCAGUCUCAGUCACAGUCAGUCACAGUCAGUCACAGUCAGUCACAGUCAGUCUCAGUCACAGUCAGACAGUCAGACAGACAGUCAGACAGUCAGACAGACAGUCAGACAGACAGUCAGUCAGUCAGUCACAGUCAGACAGUCACAGUCAGACAGUCACAGUCAGACAGUCACAGUCAGACAGUCACAGUCAGUCACAGUCAGUCACAGUCAGUCACAGUCAGUCACAGUCAGUCAGUCAGUCAGUCACAGUCAGUCAGUCACAGUCAGUCAGUCACAGUCAGUCACAGUCACAGUCAGUCAGAGUCACAGUCAGUCAGAGUCACAGUCAGUCAGAGUCACAGUCAGUCAGAGUCACAGUCAGUCACAGUCAGUCAGAGUCAGUCACAGUCAGUCAGGGGCCUCUUGUAGUAUAUUCAUUGGGUGGUGAGAAAGCUGACUUGAAGCAAAAGAAAGGAAAUUGUCUUCUGAAGACCGGGAUCUUUUUUUUCUCGACGCAUCUGCGGCUGGCGUUGGUUGUUGUCCUCAAGUUGCAGUAGCUAACCUUUCCGUUUGAUCAUUUUUCCUCGUCUGUGAUUUCAGUAGCAUUGUGAGUGGCUUUUGCUGUAUAGUCUGCAAGAAAAGGCUUGCUUUUCAAAACCCAGCACCAAUAGUGUGCUGCUUGCUGUGAUGAUCACCAAAAUGGGAAAAGGUUUCGCAGCCUUGAAGAAAUCCCGUCAGCUCCUUUGUGAAAUCAGCGGCCAUUCGGGCAGAAACAAAUGAUUGUAGUGCAAGUGAGAUGUAUGUUGUUAUUUUAUUGUAAAUGAUUCCAUUUUGUAAUGAUGACAUGAUUAGUACCCUUUUCUGGGAAUCAAGGAUGAAUGAAUGAAUUGAGUAAUCUGUUAAAAGCUAUUUGGUGCUGUACUGUGAGAUUUGUCAAACGUGGAGUACAAAUGUGGAUAUAUAUACUAUAUAUCUAUAUCUAUAUAUACUGUAUACUGUCGGGCAUUCUGUUGGACUACACGCGUUGCCGUUCUUUUUUUUUUUUUGAAUUCCCAUUCGUCAAGUUAAUUGAUCCAUUCCAUGACUGUUCCAGUACAUCCAAUACAUGGUGGUUUGAUACGUA